AUGGAUCAUCGGCGGCGACGCCCGGAGAAACGCCGCAGGAUAAUAACGCCUCCUCCGGCUGCCGGCAUCGCCCUCCCCGACGACCUGCUUUUCAUGGAAGUCUUGGUGCGCCUCCCUGCAAAAUGCCUCCUGCGCUUCAAAUCUGUCUGCCGCUCCUGGUGCGUCGGCAUGGCGGACGCCGGCUUCGUCCGCCGCCACCGUGAUUUCUCCCGCGCGAGUUCGCCGUCAAUGCUCCUCAUCGGGCGCAAGAGUUCCACCGAAGACGAAGAAGAACCCUACGGGGACAUCACCUUCUACCGCCUGCGGCUGGGACAGACACCGGGCAAGUCCAAGGUCAAAGCGGAGUUGCUGCUCGAGAAGGCGUGCCCACUGGAAGCGGCGAUCUCACCGACGCAUUGCGAUGGCCUGGUCGCCAUCGUAACCGCCACGGAUCAGGUGUUUGUGUGCAAUCCGGCCACAAAUGAGCUCGUCGCGCUGCCGUUCGGCAGCCCGAACGUGGAAAACACAAAGUUUCCAUCGGGGGCGAUCGGCUUCGACCGGUGGCGAAACCAGUACGUCGUCGCCAGGUACUUCUACCGGCGCCGGUGCUACGACGACGAGUCCGGCGGCAAGCUUGAUUACGACAUCGGGCACGAGAUCUUCACGCUCGGUGGCGAGUCCUGGGAGCUCACCGCGGACCCGCCUCACGCUAUCGGCGGCACUCGACCCGUGUACACGGGAGACGCCUUCUACUGGGCGUGCGAUGAAGACGAACACCCCCGGCCGAGCUCGCUGCUGCGGUUCAGCCUGCGCCACAGGACGUUCGACAUGGUGCCAUGUCCUCCUAACUUCGGCUACCACGCUGCCCUCGACCAUCUGGCGGAACUAGACGGCAAGCUGUGCUACGUCAACAAUGGGGCCUCGUUGACGACCUUUGACGUGUGGCAGCUGGCGGAUGACGGCGGGACAGGACCAGCCCAGUGGUCGCUGCGCUGCCGGAUCGAUCCGGGGGACGACGACGAGUGCUUCGGGAGCUACGGCUUCCUGCCGCUUUGGGCCACCGGGGGCAGGAUGCUGGUGAUGGUGUCCGACGAGACGCUGUACUGGUGUGACGAGAAGAGCCAAGGUGUGGAGGAAGUGGUGGACCUGGAAGAGGCUCUGGACUUGGAGGAGGGCAAUUAUGUUCGCCACGUCGUCCCAUACAGGGAGAGUCUCGUCUCCAUCAGAAACUUCACUGUCGAAGGACAUCACUCGUAA